AUGGGCAUUGGCAAAGUACGAAGUGUAUUAUUUUUGCUAAUAAUUUGGAGGUUAUGUUCUGUUUUCGUCGUACAAACAUUUCAUGUUCCCGAUGAAUAUUGGCAAUCUCUCGAAGUCGCACACAAACUAACAUUUAAUUAUGGUCAUCUAACAUGGGAAUGGACUGAAAGAAUUCGUAGUUAUAUUUAUCCCUUUCUAAUAUCAAUUCUUUAUAAUAUUCUUCAUUUUCUAUCUAUCGAUUACACGAUACUUUUAAUUUAUCUUCCGAGAAUUUUUCAAUCACUCCUCACCGCUUAUUCUGACUAUAGAUUUUACAUUUGGUCCAAAAGUAAAUGGAGUCUUUUUAUUCUCUCUAUAAAUUGGUACUGGUAUUAUUGUUCAACACGAACAUUAAUAAAUUCAUUUGAAACAUCAUUGACAAUUAUUGCCCUCUCACAUUUCCCAUGGAGAGAAAAGGAGAAUAAUUAUUUUUUCCUUUGGAUCGUUGGUCUUUUAUUUACAAUUAGACCAACUUCGGCAAUUAUUUGGCUACCGUUGUGCGUCUAUCAUAUUUGUACAAGAUCAAAAAUUUCUAUCCUAAUUAAUUAUUUUCUCAUUGGAAUUACUUGCCUCACAAUUUCCACUUUCAUCGAUUCUUUCUGUUAUGGAAAUUUCGUGAUUACACCUUGGGAAUUUUUUAAAAUGAACGUUUGGAAUAAUAUUUCAAAAUCGUAUGGUGUUGAAAAUCAUUUUUGGUAUUUUUUGUCAGCAUUACCGGUUUUAUUGGGCAUUGAAUAUUUUACCCUAAUUUCAUCAGUUUGGCGAAUUUUUCGACAUUGGCGACAAUUUCAUUGUGAGACGAUUUUAUUGAUCACUUGUUUUUGGACUAUUCUUGUCUACUCGUGUCUUGAGCAUAAAGAAUUUCGCUUUAUUCUUCCACUUUUGCCAAUAUUUAUCUUUAUCUGUAAUUCGAGAAAUUAUGAGAGAAAAAGAAUAUCCGAAUUGCGGAGAAAACUAUUUUUGGGAUUAUUUAUUGUCAGUAAUUUAAUACCCGGUGUUUAUUUCUCACUGAUUCAUCAAAAAGGUUCAUUAAAUAGUUUGGAAUUUUUGAGAAAUAAUUUAAAUCAAGGGGAUGAUAUUCUCUUCUUGACUCCAUGUCAUUCAACACCACUUUAUAGUCAUUUACAUAAAAAUGUUUCCACAAGAUUUCUAAAAUGUGAACCGAAUUUAAAUAACACCAAGGAUUAUAUUGAAGAGGCUCAACAAUUUUUUGCUAAUCCUCAAAAAUGGAUUGAUGAAAAUUACACUAAAGGAAUUCAUCUUCCCACAUUUCUUGUUAUUUAUGACAAUUUUCAAAAACAAAUCCAAUCAUUCUUAUUAACCAACUAUCGAGAAAUUUACAAAACAUUUGAUUGUCACUUUCCACAAAAAAACUAUGGAAAUUAUAUGAUUGUUUACAAAAAAAAUCAUCCUGGUUGAGUUACAUUAAUUUUUGAGGAAAUUAAAAAAUUCGUUCAGG